UUAAUUACAAACAUGGCCACAUUCAUUGAAACAAUCAACAUCUUGAAAUUCGAGAUCAUCCCUCGGUUAUCCAUUCGCGAUCAACUCCAUCUUUGUCAAACAAGCAAAGAUCUCCAUACCGCAACUGUUUCAGUUCUAUACCGCGACAUCACUAUAACGCACGACGUGGGAAUAACAGAUGACCCGCCACCAUCGCCCAAAAGUCACAAAUGGCUUCUCGAACUCUUCUCCAAUUCACUUUCACCUCAAAAGAACACCUUCGAAUCACGCAGCCUUCAAAAUAUUACCCAUUUUGAAGUCGCCAAUCCUCGCGGCUGGUUAGGUUACGAACAACUCCCAAGAGGAAUUCAUCUACUGUCAUUCUACCUCCCAAACGCAAGGACACUCCCCCUCGAAAGUUUUGCUAGUCAUCGAAAAGGCACAAACAGCGCAUUAGCUGAUACAAAUCCCUUCUGGCCUCUUUCGUCUGCACCGCAGGCAACCUUUCUUACUACGCUUCAUCUGGAUCACUGCUCAUCAAACACCCAUAAUAUCACGGCAAUGCUUGCGCAGACGCCGAACCUGAAGACGUUGUUCUACGCAUGUUAUCUUCCCGCUUUUGAAUGUGACUUCGAUGUUGACGAGCUCAGAAGAGGACUGGAGCAUGUUCGCAAUGCCUUGACAAAACUAACGCUUAAGUUGACUAUUAUGCAGAGAGGACUUGUUGAUUUCUCGGAUCAUGAGUGGCCAUUGACUCACGGCCGCAUUGAUGAUCUUCGAGAUUUUCUGUCGCUGACAUAUCUUGAGAUUCCCCUUGCUUUUCUUCACAGCCAUACAGCCCCAGAGAAUUGGCAGCCAUUAGCCGAUCUCCUGCCACCAAAUCUCACAUCUUUCACCGUCGACGAUGAGCUAAUGGACCAUCACGCCUUCUCCGACCUCUACACAGGAACAGCAAUCCGCGAUAUGAUGAGAACAUUCCUCAGCCGGGACUACAAGUCAUGA